CUGUCAAGGUUUAAGCUGUCUUGUCAGGAGGUUGUCCGAAAUAACCUACGCCUGCUGCACCUGAAAAAAAAAAAUAGAGGAACAAAAAGUACAUCAGCAGCUGUUAUAUGAAAGCUAUUUUCUAUUUACCUGCUUUUGAACAUUUAGACAGUGUCACAUUCAGCAGCAUCUCAGUUCCAUGAGGAACAAGGUUCCCAUUCACCAGUAAUGGGUACUCUCAACAUUACCAAUGACUAUGACUAUGACUAUGAAGAUGAAGUCUGUGAAAAAGGUCAAGUGGUCAAAUUUGGAGCCCUCAUCGUCCCAAUUUUCUUUUCUAUCGUCAUCACUCUGAGUCUGACAGGAAACAUCCUUGUCCUUGUAAUCCUGGCUUUGUAUGAAAACCUGAAAUCUCUGACCAACAUCUUCAUUGUCAAUCUGGCCAUCUCUGACCUUGUCUUCACCAUGGGUCUCCCUUUCUGGGCCAUCUACCACGUCUGGGGAUGGGUGUUUUCAGAGACUGUCUGCAAAAUUGUGACUUUUGUCUUUUUUACGGGUUUUUACAGCAGCGUCCUCUUCUUGACCAUCAUGACCAUCUACAGGUAUUUGGUUGUGGUCCACCCUCUCUCUGACAUGAGCUCUCUGAAACCCUGGACUGGGUUUUUUCUGUCUGUCCUUAUGUGGAUUAUCAGUAUUGGAGCUGCCAUGCCAUCCCUGCUACAAACCUCCCUCGUCUCAAUCCAUCACAAUGGUACAGACUCCUGGGGCUGCGAAUACAACACCAUCCAAUGGAAAAUCAUUGGUAUGUCCCAGCAGAAUUUUUUUUUCUUGGUUGCAUUUGCAGUGAUGGCUUUCUGCUACAUGCAGAUAUUAAAGAGGAUCACCAGAACAAGGUCCCACACAAAGAACAGAGCAGUUAAGUUAGUUUUCUCCAUCGUGGCCGUCUUUUUUGUAGGAUGGGUGCCCUACAACGUGGUAAUCUUUUUGAGAGUUUUAGCUCAUGUUGAAGUUCAGCCGUUUAAUGAAUGUGCACUGAGCAUCCAGCUUGACUAUGCCUUCUACGUGUGUCGACUCAUUGCUUUCUCUCACUGCUGCUUGAACCCAGUCUUUUAUGCAUUUGUUGGUGUGAAGUUCAGGAACCAUUUCAAGGCACCUCUGCGUCAAAUGUUCAACCGUCCGAGUCCAGUUGAAGAACAAGAAGUCAGAAUGCAGAACCUCAUCUCACGUGGAUCAAUGUACUAGAUGCAAAUAUGUAUGUCUUUGGUACAUUUCAUUUUGGUACAUGGUUCUGUAAUGUCUAGAGGAAAUGUUUCAUGUUAGACAUUUUGAAACAAGCUGUUCAGCAUUAAUGUCUGAAGUUUUACCUUACUAAUUACAUGCAAAUGUUCGAGUUAAGACAAUAUGAGAAUAUUAUUGUUUUAUGUGAUAUACUUAAAUAUAUUAUAAUGGAUACCUUAAAUGCUUUGAAUUGGUAGAAAACAGGAACUAAUUACAAAUGUUUCUAUUUUUGUGCAUAUUACCCAGCAAAGUAAUCAAUAUCUGAAUAUGCUGUGCAGGCUUGUAAAAUACUGAGCUUGUCCUAAAAUGUCUGGUUCUGUAUAAAAAUGUCAAACAUAACAGAUUAAAUCUAGGUAAAGGAUAACUCUGCACCACUGUGGUAUUAGUAAACUGUGAAAAGUGAACUGUAAUAUAAUAUGCAAGUGAGAUGUUUUGCGUAGUGAAAUGUACAGUAUGACUCUACACUGAAAACACUGAACAAACCCAACACAGUUUGAUGAGCUGGAGCUAAUUCAACAAGAAACUACAGGUGCAUCUCAGUAAACUCGGAUGUCAUUGAAAAGGUGAUUUAUUCCAGUAAUUCAAUUCAAAUAGUAAAACUAUUAUAUAAUUUUAAACAAAUAUACACAGAGAGAUCCAUUUUAAUUGUUUAUUGCUGUUCGUUUUAAAAUUUAAUGCCUAAAAGGAAUGAAAAGGAAGACUUUCAUUUCUCAGAAAUGUUUUAUUUUCCUUCCACUCAACUCUCCAUUAAUCCGAUUGAAUACAGCACUCUGUCAAAAACCAGCUUCUUUAUUAUGACUUUUUGUGGAUAACUCUCCUUGUGGAAGGUGUCAGUGACUGUCUGCUCAACAUGUAUAGGCUAUAACAUAUCUGUAUGAAAAUAUGUAUAUUUUUAAUUUGUCUUAUGUCAUAUUAGAAUUUUCAAAGAAACUGAAUCAUCACAAAUACCACAAUAAUCAAUGUCAUAAUAAUUAAAAUGAAAAUAAAUACAUAAUUACAA